UGUUUCUUGUCAAUAUUAGCGGGACUACUUGAGGGGAAGUUUCUAAUUGGACACGUGUUUCCCCCCCGCUUUUUUUGUCGUUUGGUGAUCAACUGAUUCCAUUGUAAUACGUUUUUAAAGCAAUGAGCGAUCCACAAGGAGGGGUGUAAGUGUUCUUAAGAGCUCCCUUUCAGCCUUUAGAAAUGGCCAGAGCGACCCGCAGAGCACCACGGAGGCCCUGGAAGUAUUUAAUCCAUGCGACGCGUCCUCGGGGCUGUCACACAGCCGCAGAGAUCCAGGCACAUGCAGGUCAGCAGUUGGUUUGAGACGGAAUCGAGCCACACUGCCCUCCGCCAUUCAGAGACUUUUUUAUUUUUGCGGAUCCAACAUAAAGACAAUGGAGGACAUGCUUUUUGACUUUGACCAGGAUGGCGCAAAGGAUUUUGCAUUUUGGGGACAAAUGGACCAGAACUUCCAGUUUCAGAGCCAGCUGGACAACUUCCUGCUGGACUACAGCACAGCCGCCGGGCAGCUGUCCCCCUGGUCCUCCCUGGGGAGUCAGUCCAUGUUCCCCGACGCGCAGCUGACCUUCACCGACCUCGACGUGCAGUCUCCGGGGGCGGACGUCUGCACGGAGGGAGAGGGCUCCUCCGUGGACGACCCCCUGGAGGUGAGCGGGCACAGGGCGCGGCGGGCGGUGACCCAUCACCCCUACAAGGUGCAGCGGCACGCCGCCAACAUCCGCGAGAGGAAGCGGAUGCUGAGCAUCAACUCGGCCUUCGAGGAGCUGCGCUGCCACGUGCCCACGUUCCCCUACGAGAAGCGUCUGUCCAAGAUAGACACCCUGCGGCUGGCCAUCGCCUACAUCGCCCUGCUGAGGGAGAUCCUCGUGUCGGGCUGCGACCCCAAGUCCUACGUGGACGAGUGCAUGAAGAGCGGCUACAAGAAUCACACCAACGCCAUCUGGAACACAAGCGACCUGACGGCCCGCCUCUCCUGGAUAAAGUGGGAUUAACUGAGGAAGUUUGAUCCUCCCUCCUCUCGCUGGCGCUCUCUCUACAUGUCAAAGACGGGCGGCCCGGCGCCGCGCGGCAGAGCCCACGGACCGACAUCUGCGGACUUCUCAUCGGGUCACACACCUCGGGCUCUUCUCAACUUCGACCCCCUCCUUCCUCCUCCGGGGCUUUUAAUAUUCUAAUUUAUUGUUGACUGGUAAUUGAGAGCCAUUGUUUCUGCUGUUUGGGAGGGAAAGAGGGUUGGCAUUGUUUGUCCAAUUGGAUGGCACUUGUCACGGAG